GAGAAAAACAAUCUCUUUGUAAACAUUUUCUUCCAAAGGUGGGAAGUCUUUUAAUCGCGUUAAUUUACUUUUACCUUAUUACUUAUUCUAUGGAACCAUUUAUUUUUAAUUAAUUUCUUUCACUCUGAGUGAUCUUAUUCUCAAGGAUCAUUUAUGUUAACCAAAUCCUGAGAAUAUCUUUUCCUUCAAAACCUAUACCUUAUUCUUAUUAUGGAUUCAACAGCCAAGUUACGAUGUUCCGAAGAGACAGAUUUCGUUGUUCUUUAUUAUGACCAAAGUGAUAUCGAGGAAAUUGAUGAAAACGAAGACCAUUCGGUGAAAGAUGAUUUAAUAAAUAAUCUAACUCAACCUGAAGAUGCUAAUACUCCUUCAAGCUCAAACCAAAUAGAUAAACCUCAUUCUGAUGAAGACGAAGAUGAAAACAAUGGUGUUAAUACUGAACAAAAAGAAGAUGAUGAAAGAGAAGAGGAAGAAAAGGAAAAAGAUGAGGUGAACCAACGAUUAGAGGAACAUCAGAUUGAUGAGAAUCAAUUUAAAGAUUUAGCAAGUGAAUCUGAUAUUGAACCCGUUAAUUUAUCAUCGGAUGUUAUUGACGGAGAAAUUUGCGAUUCCCAAAUUUCCAAAGAAAAUAGUGAUAAUGAAAAUGAUAUUGAUGAAGAAAUUGAUGAUGAGCUUGAUGACGACGACAUGGAAGAAUUGAGUGUCGUCCAUUUCAAAGAAGAUGGAAACGGUGUUCCCCUGGAAAACGGAAUCUUGGAUCUCAGUAAAGUGAAACGAUCUCCCAGACGGAAUGCAGAGUUUCUAAUGAAGUUACGAUUGAAUCUCAUGCUCUGUUUUGCUAUAACCGCUGGUGUCUCUGUGGGCCUUGGUAAUUACUUUAAUUGGUCUGACAAAUGGGAAAAUACAAAAACUAAUGUGACCCUUGACGAUGAUCAUAUUACUGAACUGAAAAGUUUACAAGAUAAAUUAACGGACUGCAUGAACUCACAAUCUAUUGAAGCUCGACAAUCAACCUUUCGGGAUACCAAGAUUUGCCGUCAAAAUGGUGACUAUGGGAAGAAAAAAUUGGACACUUUGUACAGUGAAUACGAAACGGCCUCUUCGUGGACUCAUAAAAAGAAAGAGAGAAAACCCAAAUUAGACAGAGAGAUAAAAAAGAGAAAAAAGAAAGAAAAGAAAAGGGAAAGAAAAGGAGAGAAAGGAAAAUUUGUAAGAGAAAUUCACAGAAAGAGAAAUGAAGAAAGACUCAAGGGGGAGAGAAUUUACAGAUACGCUCUAGUUAAUUGUGCUGCCAAAAGUUCAAAUUAUGAGGUUGAAGAUGCUUCUUUCCUCGAAGAAGCUGCAACAUGUGAAUCGGGAGGAUCAGCUCGAUGUUCAUUCAUUCCUGAAACUGUUCAAUGUUACAAUCGUGGUUGGGAUGGAGUAACAGUUAAUUGGGAAUGUAAAGCUGACAUGGAUAAGAAAUAUUCAUUUGGACAAUUGGAGGUCACAUGUGAAGGUUAUGAUCACCCCGAUGAUUCUUAUAUUCUCGCAGGUUCUUGUGGUCUUGAAUUUUCACUCAAUAUCGCCAAUGGAGCUUAUCAGGAAAGAGUAUUCAAACCUCCUCCUUAUCCUGGAAAAUCAGCAUCGGAAGCUUCAGAACUUGGGUCACAAUCGAUCUUUUUUAUACUCAUUGUGUUUGGUGUUCUUAUUUUCAUCAUUUAUCUUUUCCGAAGUCCUCCAAAUGCUCACGAACCUUCAGCACCUCCUCCACCUCCAGGCUUUAGACCAGAUUAUUUCACUGGAAGUGGUUACAACGAUUAUACGAGUGGACCAUCAUGUGGAUCGGGAGGUUCAGCGAGAUCUCAAGAAGAGGGACCAGGAUUUGGAACGGGAUUUUUAACUGGAGGUUUUCUUGGUUAUUUAUUUGGUAGGAAUUCAAGUGGUCCUAAUUACACUCGAGAUUACUCAUCAUCUAAUCAUUACUAUUUACAACAACAAGAUGAUAACAAAAGGCUUAAUGUGAUGGAAAAGUCAGCAACAGUUGUUGAUACCUGUUUGGUGUCUCCGGUUAUCUUUCGGAAAGAACCAUUAAGUGAAAGUGGUACCAAUGUAAAUAACCACAACAAUGUAACAUUAAAUACCAAUUUAAAUACAAUAUCAGUCAACCCAGUACCUUCAGAGGUAACAACAUCACCAAUAGGAUCACCAAUUGUCAUCAACAACAGUGUCCCAUUACCAUCAAAAUCAAUAUAUCAUUCGCAAUCCUCCAAUCCAGUUACAACCAUCAACAAAUCCUCUGCAUUAUCAGUAUCAACCUCAUCUUCAACCUCAGUAACUUCAACCUCAACCUCCACAAUUGCGUCAACAUGCAUCUCUACUACUCCAACAAUUGUCACCACUUCCUCUUCAUCGUCUGUUUCCACAAUGUGUGCUCGAUGUAAAAAGAAACAAGUCUGUAAUGUCAGAAUUCAAUGUAAAAUGGAUCAGUAUCUCGCCUCCAAAAUUUCAUCUAUGAAGAAGGAAUUAAGCUUAUCAUUGAGAAUGGCAAGGCUUCCAUUGCCUGCAUACGAAUUGUCACAUUUGAAGUAUGGUAAAUACAUAAGACUCGAAGAACAUCCUAAUGGAGGUGGCAAGAUAUUAAAAUUGUAUUGGGAUGAAAUAAUUAAUCUACCGCCAAAUGAAAAGACUGAAUUGGCUCUUGAAUUUCUUAAAGAAUCGUUCAGAGAGGAGCCUAUUGGAAUCGCCAAAUAUGUAAUAACUGUGGUCCAUAAUGGGGCUUGUCAUUUACCAGACUUUUUGGAUUAUUUUUCUGAUAAUCACCCGAACCUCGUUGUCAAGACUGGUAUCAUUGGCCAUUCUGAAUCUGAUAUUGAGACAACUACAAUGUCAGCUUAUCGAGAAGCUGUCCAUAAAAACUACUGUAAUGGUACUUUCAGAGCGGGACCUCUUCAUCAAUUGAGUCUUGUUGGAACAGCGCACGAAGAGGUCGGAGGUUAUUUUCCUAAGUUUCUCUCGAUCUUGAAAAAAAAUCCUUUUCUUAAACUAAUCAUGCCAUGGGGCCAUUUGAGUAAUUUGAGGAUGAAUUCACCAGAAGAAAGCAAUGAUGGUCCUAUUCUUUGGAUAAGACCUGGUGAACAACUCAUACCUACUGCUGAUCUCGGAUCCAAAACACCAAAUAAAGGAAGAGGAGGGCGUCUUAAUGAACUGAAAAGUUUAACAUUAAGAAGAGCUACAGACCCAAGAGAAAUCAUGUUUGAAGAUCGUACUCGAUGUCAUGCCGAUCAAGUCGGUCAAGGUUUUGACCGACACACAACGGCCGCUGUUGGAGUUAUGAAAGCAGUUCAUUAUGCUGAGCCACAUACAUCUAAUCGCAUAGUGAAAGAUGUUAUUGCCUUUGAUGCUGCUUAUUUUGAUGAAUUGGUUGAAAAACUACAACUUGAUCUACACGAACCACCAGUAUCACAAUGUAUUCAAUGGAUUGAAGAUGCCAAAUUGAACCAGUUACGCAGGGAAGGCAUCAAGUAUGCUCGACUCCAUCUUUAUGAUAAUGAUAUUUAUUUUUUACCUCGUAACAUAAUUCAUCAGUUCAGAACGGUAACAUCGGUUGCUUCCAUUGCCUGGCAUGUGAGAUUACGUCAAUAUUAUAAAGAAAAAGGAAACUGUGAUAAUCCAAUACCACAACCAAACUCAGAGAAUCAGGUACAGCACCGUAAAAAGAUUGAAAAAGCAAAGAGAAAAGUUGAUUUCGAUGGAUCAACAGAAGAUCAUCUUUCAUCUGAUCUUGGUGCUGGAUAUCAUCGGAAAAGAGUAAAAAAUGAACAUCUCAAUGAGAAUAAUCAUCGCCAAAGAUCCAACUCAUCUGAUUUAGAUAAGAAAACUAAAACAACUUCAUCUAACUCACCUCACAAACAUCGUUCUCUUUCAUCGUCAUCAGUGUCAUCCACCGAACAAUCUAUGGAACAUGAUUCAACCACUCCUCCGAUCCUCAGCAGUUGUCGAAAUGUCAAACAAAAAACCGAAUCCAUUCGAGGGAAAAUUAAACGAGAAGACAAGCUACUUAUCAAAAAAUCAACCAAUGUAUCACUUCCAGGAUUACCUGUUAUGAGCGAUGAUUCGACAUUGAUACCUGAAGAAUUACAAGCUGUCGAAGAAAUCAAAGAAGAAAUUCUUAGUUUUGAAGAGCAGGAACAAAUAACCUCAAUGAGUACCAAAGAAAUCGAAUCAGUAGAUCAAGAAGUCGAAGGAGCCAGAGGAGAUGAUGAAGGUGUGAAUAUCGGUUCAGAGAUUUCCUAUCCUGAAGAUCCAAAAGAUUUGGUUAAUAUGAGUGUGCAAGAUGAUGACCUCGAUCAAAAAGACGUUAUUAUUGGUUCUAAAAUAGCGGUCGCUGAAGAUGUUCUGAUUGAUGGUAUUGUCGAUACCAGUAAAGAGAUGACAAUUUUGACCAAAGAUGGUGAUGAACCAGAAGUCGCACAGACACUUGAUAUCGAAACAGAAACUGUUUGUGAAAUCCCCGAUAAAAUAUUAGAAAAUUCUGAUAUUGUGUAAACUUAUUAUUUUCCAUGGAUCUUGAAUGAAAACUAAAAACCACCCGGUUAUGAACUUGACUCUCCUUAAUCACGUUGAUGUUUCUUGUUUUCAUCAAAAAUGUCAAUCAUCCAGUGUCAAUUGCUCAUCUCUGAAGUUAAUUUGUAAUUGUGAUUAACAAUCAGUUUUACUGGAACAAACCUGUUAUUGGCAUUUUUUCAUCAUCGAAUCUUAUCAAGUUAUAAUCUCAACAAUUGAUUUUUUUGUGUAAAUGCUCUCAACCUUAUAACAUGUGAACUCACUUAUUCAAAGACAAAGAACCUGGAAAAAGAUUAAGAAUCACCUUUGUAAAUUUGUUCCCGAUUCUGUCAGUUGUUAUGGUUGUUGACUUGUUUUCAGUUGAAUUAUGUAUUUAGAAGAUUAAAUGAUUGGUGAUUAAGCAUGGAAAUGAAAGAUUGAUUAGAGAUGCGAAAAGAUGUUGACUCAUUUAUUCAAUAAUCGAAACUAAAUUGAUCCUUCUCUCAGUUUCAUACGUAUCUCAUCAUUUGGAAUUGAGUCUGUACUCUCACCAUGAACAGCGAUCAACAACAUUUCCUUAUUUUCUCAUUUACAACUGAAAACAACAGAAUAAGCAAAGAGAAACAAACAAAGUUACAAAGGAUGCACUCGAUUUCUUCACUUUCUCCAUUCAAAUGUUUACAAACGUUCAGAUAAAAUGAUCGUAUUAAUAGUAUAUAUAAAUGAUUAUAUAACGUAAAUCAUUAACCUAUGGCCCUUAAUGGCUCGUAGUUAUGUUAUAGCAAAACUUAAUUGACAAAACAAUUUAAUCUCUAUCCCUUUUCUCAAUCUUUUCUGGUUUCCAUUUUUAUUUUAUUGUAAAUAUGCGUCAAAAUGAUAAUAAAUUGUAACAAGUCACGAUUAUUAUAAA